UGCAUGAGUGUGUUUGUGUGUGUGUGUAUGUGUGUGAGUGAGUGCUGUUGGUUAUUUUUUUGGAAGAAAAAUCUUGAAAAUCUGGGGCAGGUUACCGUGCUCUGGGGGUGGUGGUUCUUUUGCAAGAGAGCUGACCAGACCAAGCUACUAGAGACAUUUUUUGGCGAGUAAAGAGAAUUUUCCUCCCAGAGCGAGAGGGAUUUUUCCCCUGGCUCUGCAGCCAGUAAAAGAGAUCAGCCCCUAAACCUGUGAAAUCGACCAGAGCCGUGUGAUUAUCAGGGCUUGAGAGAGGACUCGGGAAGAAAAGGAGAAAUAAAUCAAACAGCUUGUCAGUGCCUUUGGCCACAUUGGAAGAUGUCAUCUCAAACUAAGUUCAAGAAAGACAAAGAGAUCAUUGCCGAAUACGAAGCCCAAAUAAAAGAGAUCCGCACGCAGCUGGUGGAGCAGUUCAAAUGCCUAGAGCAGCAAUCCGAGUCCCGGCUGCAGCUGCUGCAGGACCUCCAAGAGUUCUUCCGCCGGAAGGCUGAGAUCGAGCUUGAGUACUCCCGCAGCCUGGAGAAGCUGGCCGAGCGCUUCUCCUCCAAGAUCCGCAGCUCCCGGGAGCACCAGUUCAAGAAGGACCAGUACCUCCUCUCGCCCGUGAACUGUUGGUAUCUGGUGCUGCAUCAGACCAGGCGGGAGAGCCGAGACCAUGCCACACUCAAUGACAUCUUCAUGAACAAUGUCAUCGUCCGCCUCUCCCAGAUCAGCGAGGAUGUCAUCAGACUCUUCAAAAAGAGCAAGGAGAUUGGCCUGCAGAUGCACGAAGAGCUCCUGAAGGUCACCAAUGAGCUCUACACAGUCAUGAAAACCUACCACAUGUACCACGCGGAGAGCAUCAGUGCGGAAAGCAAGCUGAAGGAGGCCGAGAAGCAGGAGGAGAAGCAGUUCAAUAAAUCGGGAGACCUUAGCAUGAACCUGCUCCGGCACGAGGACCGGCCCCAGCGCCGCAGCUCCGUGAAGAAGAUUGAGAAGAUGAAGGAGAAGAGGCAGGCAAAGUAUUCUGAGAACAAGCUGAAAUGCACGAAGGCCCGGAAUGACUACUUGCUGAACCUGGCGGCCACCAAUGCAGCUAUAAGCAAAUACUACAUCCACGAUGUCUCCGACCUAAUCGACUGCUGUGACUUGGGCUUCCACGCCAGCCUGGCCCGCACCUUCCGGACCUACCUCUCUGCUGAGUACAACCUGGAGACCUCUCGCCACGAGGGGCUGGACGUCAUCGAGAACGCAGUGGACAACCUGGAUUCCCGAAGUGACAAGCACACUGUCAUGGACAUGUGCAACCAGGUCUUCUGUCCUCCACUCAAGUUUGAGUUCCAGCCCCACAUGGGGGAUGAGGUGUGCCAGGUGAGCGCUCAGCAGCCCGUCCAGACAGAAUUACUCAUGCGGUACCACCAGCUGCAGUCCAGACUGGCCACUCUCAAGAUAGAGAAUGAGGAGGUGAGAAAAACCCUGGAUGCCACCAUGCAGACCUUACAGGACAUGCUGACCGUGGAGGACUUUGACGUCUCCGACGCCUUCCAACACAGUCGGUCCACAGAGUCUGUCAAGUCGGCCGCCUCUGAGACCUACAUGAGCAAGAUCAACAUCGCCAAAAGGAGAGCCAACCAGCAGGAAACAGAAAUGUUUUAUUUUACAAAAUUUAAAGAGUAUGUGAACGGCAGUAACCUCAUCACUAAGCUGCAGGCCAAGCAUGACUUACUCAAGCAGACCCUGGGCGAAGGGGAGAGAGCAGAAUGUGGCACAACCAGCAGAAGAGAUGGAAGGCUUAGGCUGCCCCACUUUCCUUGGCUGAGCUGCCCCCCUGCUCCCCACUUUGUGCCCCACCCAGCACUUCAAGGAAGAAGAAAUGCUCGAACCAGGAACCAGGAUUCAGGACAAGCCAUCCCGCUUGUAGUUGAGAGCUGCAUCCGAUACAUCAAUUUAUACGGACUCCAGCAGCAAGGGAUCUUCCGAGUGCCAGGAUCUCAGGUCGAAGUCAAUGACAUCAAAAAUUCCUUUGAGAGAGGGGAAGACCCCCUCGUGGAUGAUCAAAAUGAGCGAGAUAUCAAUUCAGUCGCUGGUGUUUUAAAACUGUAUUUCCGAGGACUGGAAAACCCACUCUUUCCUAAGGAAAGGUUUCAAGAUUUGAUAUCUACUAUUAAACUGGAGAACCCAGCUGAGAGGGUGCACCAGAUCCAACAGAUCCUCGUCACCCUUCCCCGCGUGGUCAUCGUGGUCAUGAGAUACCUCUUCGCUUUCCUCAACCACCUCUCACAGUAUAGCGACGAGAACAUGAUGGAUCCCUACAACCUGGCCAUCUGCUUCGGGCCCACCCUCAUGCACAUCCCUGAUGGGCAGGACCCUGUGUCCUGCCAGGCACACGUCAACGAAGUCAUCAAAACCAUCAUCAUCCAUCAUGAAGCCAUCUUCCCCAGCCCUCGGGAGCUAGAGGGACCCGUGUAUGAAAAAUGCAUGGCUGGAGGGGAAGAAUAUUGUGACAGCCCACACAGCGAGCCAGGGACCAUCGAUGAAGUUGACCACGACAAUGGCACUGAGCCUCACACAAGUGACGAAGAAGUGGAGCAGAUCGAGGCCAUCGCCAAGUUUGACUACGUGGGGCGGUCCCCCCGUGAGCUGUCCUUCAAGAAGGGGGCCUCACUGCUACUGUACCACCGUGCCUCAGAGGACUGGUGGGAGGGUCCUCACAGUGGCGUGGAUGGACUCAUCCCACAUCAGUACAUAGUCGUACAGGACAUGGACGACGCCUUCUCGGACAGCCUGAGCCAAAAGGCUGACAGCGAAGCCAGCAGUGGGCCUCUGCUGGAUGACAAGGCCUCCUCCAAAAACGACCUCCAGUCCCCCACGGAGCACAUCUCGGAUUACGGCUUUGCGGGGGUGAUGGGCCGAGUGCGGUUACGAUCCGAUGGAGCGGCCAUCCCCAGGCGCCGAAGCGGGGGCGACACGCACAGCCCGCCCCGGGGCCUGGGCCCCAGCAUAGACACGCCGCCCCGGGCUGCCGCCUGCCCCAGCAGCCCCCACAAAAUUCCCCUCACCCGGGGGAGGAUCGAGAGCCCCGAGAAGCGGAGGAUGGCGACGUUCGGGAGCGCCGGCAGCAUCAACUACGCUGACAAGAAGGCGCUCUCCGAAGGGCACUCGACGAGGUCGACGUGCGGCUCCACCAGGCACAGCAGCCUGGGGGACCACAAGUCCCUGGAAGCUGAGGCCCUGGCAGAAGACAUCGAGAAGACCAUGAGCACGGCUCUGCAUGAGCUGCGGGAACUCGAGAGGCAGAACACAGUCAAGCAGGCGCCAGAUGUGGUGCUGGACACCCUGGAGCCCCUGAAGAACCCGCCAGGCCCCAUCAGCUCAGAGCCCGCCAGCCCCCUGCACACCAUUGUCAUCCGCGACCCCGACGCCGCCAUGCGCCGCAGCAGCAGCUCCUCCACCGAAAUGAUGACCACCUUCAAGCCAGCCCUGUCUGCCCGCCUGGCCGGCGCCCAGCUGCGCCCGCCCCCCAUGCGGCCGGUGCGGCCCGUGGUCCAGCAUCGGUCCAGCAGCAGCAGCAGCUCGGGUGUGGGCAGCCCAGCUGUGACGCCCACCGAGAAGAUGUUCCCCAACAGCUCAGCCGACAAGUCGGGCACCAUGUGACCUGCAGGAUGGGGCGGCACCGCCCUGCCCACUGUGGCACGCCAUGGCCAAGGGUGGCCUCUGUGACCUCAGUGAACGUCCUUCCCAGUGCUCCAGGCCUUGUCAGGCAGGGACCAGAAGGCCAGCCUGGGAGCGUGUGUGUGCAGAGCUGAGGCCCGGGCACCAGCCGCAGCUCACGUUCAGC